AUGUCUGCAAAGAGUGAGAAUAAGCAGUCAGUCAAAACUCUUGACGAGUUGUUGAAUAACCUUACCGUGUGCGAUACCGCACAGGAGGCUGACGCCGCUUCGGCCCUUGCAUCCUUUGUCAACGGACCCAUUGAGGAGCAAGAUGCCCCUGCUUUGGUUUUCAAGCACAUUGAAAAGCAACUUAAGGACAAGAAGAUUGUCGAACGGGUUUUGAAGGGUAUCGAGGCCGUCGCCAACUACCCCAACGUUGCUGCUGAUGUUGAACCUUACUUGGUUGAACUUUUGCCUGCUGUUGUCGAAAAGGUUGCCGACAAGCAAAUGAGUGUCAGAGACGCUGCCAUCAACGCUUCUCGCGCCGUUCUUCGUAGCACCUCUCCUUAUGCUGUAAAGGCUACCGUUCCAAUCAUUCUCGAAUCUAUCCACAACACUGGUAAAUGGACUGAGAAGAUGAACUCUUUGCAACUCUUGGACCUUCUCGUUGAGACCUCCCCUUCUCAACUUUCAUACUCUCUUCCCGCUAUUAUCCCCGUUGUUUCCGAAUCUAUGUGGGAUACUAAGGGUGAAAUCAAAAAGCAAGCCAGAGAAACCAUGACUAAGGUCUGUACCUUGAUUGCCAACGCUGAUAUUGACCGUUUCAUUCCCGAGCUUAUCAACUGUAUUGCUCAUCCUGAGGAGGUCCCUGAGACUGUCCACUCUUUGGGUGCUACUACUUUCGUUACCGAAGUUCAAGCCCCUACCUUGUCUAUCAUGGUCCCCUUGUUGGCUCGUGGUUUGAACGAGCGUUCUACCCCUAUCAAGCGUAAGGCUUCCGUCAUUAUUGACAACAUGUCCAAGCUUGUCGAGGACCCCCAAGUCGUUGCUCCUUUCUUGCCUAAACUCUUGCCCGGCUUGUACCACAUUAAGGACACCAUUGGUGAUCCUGAAUGUCGUUCCGUCGUUGAACGUGCCGUUACUACCUUGGAACGUGUUGGUAACGUCGUCGAUGGUAAAAUCCCUGAAGUCUCCACUGCUGCCAACCCUGAAGUUUGCAGUGAGACUUUGAAGGCUGUUCUCGGUGACAAGAAGGUUCCUCACCACGAGGAGGUCAUCGCUAAGUAUGCCGCCGCUGUUGCUGCUCAGCUCGUUGAAGAAAAGGACAGCGACGCUGAAUCCUGGAUGCUCACCGUUGCUCCCUUCGUCGCUGCCUUCGUUCCUGAAGUCAACGUCCAAGCCAUCGUUGAAGACCUUCGUGCUCGCUCCAUUGCCAAGAUCCCUGGACGUGGUGCUCACCUUGAAGAGGAAGAAGAGGGUGAAGAUCUUUGCAACUGUGAGUUCUCUCUUGCUUAUGGUGCUAAGAUUCUUCUUAACCGUACUCGUCUUCGUCUUAAGCGUGGACGUCGCUAUGGUCUCUGCGGUCCUAACGGCUCUGGUAAGUCCACUCUCAUGCGUGCCAUUGUCAACGGUCAAGUUGAAGGUUUCCCUACUCACCUCCGUACCGUCUACGUCGAACACGACAUUGACGAGUCUGAGGCUGAUACUCCUUCUGUCGGCUUCAUCAUGUCUGACCCUAAUGUUACCAUCAAGAACAGUGAUGACGUCGUUAAGGCUUUGAAGGAGAACUCUUUCACUGACGAGCUCAUCGAAAAGCCCAUUGGCGCUCUUUCUGGUGGUUGGAAGAUGAAGUUGGCUCUUACUCGUGCCAUGUUCAAGAACCCUGACAUUCUUUUGCUUGACGAACCCACCAACCAUCUUGAUGUUGUGAACGUUGCUUGGUUAGAAAACUUCUUGACCAGUCAAAAGAACGUUUCUUCCAUCAUUGUCUCUCACGACUCUGGUUUCUUGGACCACGUUGUUCAAUCCAUCAUUCACUACGAGCGUUUCAAGCUCCGUAAGUACAUUGGUAACAUGUCUGAAUUUGUUCAAAAGGUCCCUUCUGCCAAGUCUUACUACGAAUUGGGUGCUUCCGAAAUGGAAUUCAGGUUCCCCGAGCCCGGUUACUUGGAAGGUGUCAAGACCAAGCAACGUGCUAUUGUCAAGGUUAACAACAUGUCUUUCCAAUACCCAGGUACCUCUCAACCUCAAUUGAUUGACAUUUCUUUCCAAGUUUCUCUUUCUUCUCGUAUUGCUGUCAUUGGCCCCAACGGUGCUGGUAAAUCUACCUUGAUUAAGGUCCUUACUGGUGAAUUGUUACCCACCACUGGUGACAUCUACCAACACGAGAACUGUCGUAUCGCCUACGUUGCCCAAGCUGCUUUCGCUCACCUUGGUCUUCAUCCCGACAAGUCUCCUUCCGAAUACAUCCAAUGGCGUUUCCAAUCUGGUGAAGAUUUGGAAGCUAUGGACAAGGCUUCCCGUGUCAUUAACGAAUCUGAUGAGGAAGCCAUGAAGAACAGAAUCUUCAAGAUUGAAGGUACUGCUCGUAAGAUUUUGGGUAUCCACAGCCGUAGAAAGCUUAAGAACUCUUACGAAUACGAGUGCUCUUUCACUGUUGGUGAGAACAUUGGUAUGAAGAGUGAACGCUGGAUUCCCAUGAUGUCUUCCGACAACGCUUGGUUGCCCCGUGGUGAAAUUAUGGAAAGCCACUCUAAGAUGGUUGCUGAAGUUGACCGUGCUGAAGCCUUGAAGAGUGGACAAUUCCGUCCUUUGGUUCGUAAGGAGAUUGAAGAACACUGUGGUCUUUUGGGUCUUGAACCUGAAUUGGUUUCUCACUCCCGUGUGAAGGGUCUUUCUGGUGGUCAAAAGGUCAAGCUUGUUUUGGCUGCUUGCACCUGGUUGCGUCCUCACGUUAUCGUCCUUGACGAACCCACCAACUAUCUUGACCGUGACUCUCUUGGUGCCCUUUCUAAGGGUCUUAAGAGCUUCGGUGGUGGUGUUGUCUUAGUUACUCACUCCCGUGAGUUCACUGAAGGUUUGACUGAGGAAGUCUGGGCCGUCAACCAUGGUAAGAUGACUCCUUCUGGUCACAACUGGGUCCAAGGUCAAGGUUCUGGUCCUCGCAUCCAAGAAAAGGAUGAGGGUGAUACCUUCGAUGCCUUCGGUAACAAGAUCGAAAAGGCUAAGAAGCCCACGAAGCUCACUGGUGCUGAGCUCCGUAAGAAGAAGAAGGAGCGUAUGGCUCGUCGUAAGGCUGGCUUUGAAGUCAGUGAUGAUGAGCUCUAA